AUUUCAUAUCACUCCCCUCCCCUAAUUUCAUAUCACUCCCCUCCCUCCCAAACUUUGAAAAGAGAAUCAAAGAAAGAAAUGGCCUCCUCAUCUUUCACAUCUCUUCUUAUAGUACUUUCCAUUAGUUGCUGCAUAUUCUACUCAACCUCAGCAGCUAGAGACCUUCCACCAAAAACCAACACUGAGUUCAUGAAAACAUCUUGUAGUGCAACAAGAUACCCAAAACUUUGUCUUACUUCCCUUGCAAGCCAAGCAACUGCAAUCCAAACAAGUCCAAAGCUCAUGGCGGGUGCAGCCCUUAGCGUGACACUUUCCUCCGCUAAAUCAACCUCUACCAUGAUGUUGAGUCUCUCCCACAGCCACGGAAUGAAGCCUAGAGAAGUUGCUGCCAUGAGGGACUGCGUCGAACUGUUGAGCGAUUCGGUGGACGAGCUUCAGAGGUCUAUUUCCGAGAUGGCUAACUUUAAGAGCUCGGAUUUUGAGAUGAUGAUAAGUGAUGUACAAACUUGGGUUAGCGCGGCCUUAACGGAUGAGAGUACCUGCACAGAUGGGUUUGCUGGAAAUGGGUUGAACGGGAAUUUGAAGACUGUUGUGAGGGGGAAGAUUGUGAACAUUGCACAAUUGACUAGCAAUGCCUUGGCCUUAAUCAACAGAUACGCCUCAGUUCAUGGUUAAAUUCGACCAGUUCUCCUACAUGCAUGAUUAAGAUUGAACUCUAUAUAUUAGUAAGAUAGUUUUGUAAGAGUGUAAAGUGUUAGAUAAAAAGUUGUCUCCAAGUUCUCAAUUACUGAAUAAGUUUGUUCGAUCUUAAAGCGGUAUUGUAAUUGUUAUAUACAUGUAAAUGAUUAAUGUGUGAAUUUUUACACGGUGCAUGUUUGCUCAACAA